CGUAAACAUGGCGACAGCGGUAAGCUGUCAACAUAACAAGUAUUUUACCGAUUCUCGUUUUUCUCUGUGUGACAACUAACUACUAGUUUCUUCUAAAAAAAGGAAUCCCACUUGUAUUCAAGCAAAAAAUCAUAUCAAUUUAACACAUUUUUAUUAAAUAAACGUGAAUAAUUGCAUAAAUUUUAACAAUUCUCAGGCGAAUGUUUACAUUGAGUGGAUGCUAUGAACUUUCCACAAAUCGGUCGUCAAUUUUGACAGUUCAGCCAAACGUUUGAUUGGAAGCUACUCAAUUCGUUUCCAUCGCCAUCUUAGAUGUUAGACAAAAGAUAUUCACUCUUCGUAUUUCAUUUGCUCGCACAAAAAUUUACACCAAUUUGUUCACGAUAAAUUGAUAAAUUUAGCAUUUUACACCAUUACAUAGAAUUUGAACGAUUUGAUGCGUUCAAUCGCAUUAAAAUAAAUAGAAGUUAAAUAGUCAGCGAAUCGAGACAAAAUGUCUGACUCGGAAAGUGAAUCUGAAAAAGAAAAAAUCCAUCGUACGAAAAAGAGCGUCGUGGUGAAAUUUCAAUUUGAAGACACUAGCAGUGCAGAUAGUGAUGAAGCAGGUCCGUCGAAUCGAAUCCAGAGAGUAAAACGAAACAAAAAGACGAUUCAAAGCUCCAGCGAAAAUGAUUCGACGAGUGACAGUGAUUCUCCGUUGAAUUUGGUGCAGCAAAAAAAUAGCAAAAAAUUAACAAUCCAAAAUGAUGUCGAUGAAAGUGAUGAAUCGUCCGAUGAUUCGUGGAGCCCAGUCAAAAAGCAACAAGCAUCAUCAUCAUCAUUAGCAGCUGAACGUGUCAAACGUGUGAUUGUGAGUGAGAGCUCAGAUACGGACAGUAGCUGUGAUGCAAUGGAAAAAUGUCCGAUUUGCUUGCAUGCAUUUCGCGACCAAGAGAUUGGCACACCGAGUGUUUGUGAUCACAGCUUUUGUGCACCAUGCAUUGAAGAGUGGUCGAGCAAUGUUCAAACAUGUCCAAUCGAUAGAAAGCCAUUCACAAGCAUUCAUAUCCGCUCGCGUUUUGUUGACGGGGUUUUUGUUCGUGAGCAAGCGGUGAUGGCAAAAGUGACGGAAACAAAAAUGGACGAGCUCGAAUUCACUCAUUGUGAAAUUUGCAAUCGGUCGGAUCGUGAAGAUAUUAUGCUACUUUGCGAUGGCUGCGAUGCUGGCUAUCAUAUGGAUUGUUUAAUGCCACCACUCACUGAUGUACCAGAAGGCUCGUGGUAUUGUGAUAAUUGUUUUGCAAGCGAAGUAACCGAUGAUGAUAUUCCAGAAGUAUUAGCCGAAAUGGAAGCGUUCGUUGCACCCGCUACACGGCUCCGGGUCCGACGCGAGGUAGUGCCUCGCAUUACUCGAACCAGACAGAGCGAACGCAUUCGAACUACUAUCCGAAAUCUGCGCCAGGAAAACCAAGCGGAGUCCGUAUGGGAUAUCUCGUUGCCAGGACCAUCUCGUGGUACGGAAACAAUUACGACUACAACGACAACGGUAACUUCCACAACAACCACGAGACGCCAGUCAAAGUUGGUGAAGAAGAAAGUGCAAAAGCGACGCAGAAAGGUGCAACGACGACGUCGAACAUACGUAGUUGAAUACGACAUCGAUGAUUAUAACAAUAAAUUUGGCAUAAAAACUGCCAAAAAACUCAUCAAAAAGCGUCGGCGCAAAACGAAAAAAUCGAGAAAGAAGUCGAGCGUGAAGUGUUCACGACGAAAUCAGAACCAAGAUCCACAAAACGGGGUCGAAGGUAUUUCAAGCAGUGGCGGUGGUGGUGGUGUUAGUCGUUCUAGUAAAGGUAUUCGCAAAGGGUAUCCAAGGUUACAUUUGUUUGGCGAUAAAAAUGCGCUCGAGUAUUUCUCUGGUGAAAGUGACAACGACGAAGGAAUUGGUUCGCUGAACAACUCCAUCGAAACGGGUGACGGCCUGUUGAUAAGGUCAGCAGUGCGGCCCGGUCAUCGCAAUUUGAUUGGACGCAAACGUGUUGCAAUUAAUUCAACAAUAGGAACGGGUGAUUCGGAAGGAGGCAUUGAUAUUCUAUCAAAUAUUAUGGAUACAAUGAAUCGAUGGCAUUCGAUGAGCCGGCCCUCAACAAUUGAAAAGAUCAAAAUCAAAGCAGAUGGCAGUUUGGAGUGUCAACCGCAGCCAACACGAACACCUAAUACCGCUACCGAACAACCAAAUGCAGAUAUUCUAAAUGCGCCGAUGAACCCAAGAAAUGACGGCACGGGUAAUCGUAAUUUCAACAAUUCGAAUGGCUACAGAGGAAACAGUACCAGCCAAAAUACGGGAAAUUUUUCACAAAAUCGAUUCGGUGACAGAAAUGAGCAAACGGCUUUCCAGCCAUUCCAACGGGGUGGCAACUUCAAUGACGGCGGCAUUUCGAACAAUUUCCAACAGGAUAAUUUCUCGCCAAGAAAUCGAAUACCAUUUCAACGACAAAGAAGCAACAACAACAACAGUCCUCGAAUAUUCCGAAACCAAUUUCAAGCACGACCACAGCAAGGCCUCUACGAUGGAGAAGAUAUUCCACCAAUACCCAAUAUGCCGACUCAAUCUGACAACGAUUUGAGCUCACGAUUGAAGAACACUCCGGAGGAUUCGGAUGGAAUUGUCCAGGCCAAUCAAAGCGUACCAGUAGCACAGUCGCAGUCGGAUCAAAGUAUUGACUGUGGUUCGAAUAACAUUCAAACGGUGGCUCAAGAGCAGACCAAUGCACAAAGUACGAGCGAAGUGUCGUCGUCCCAUGACCAACCGGUUUCAACUACAAGCAGAGGAGUGUCAAGCUCGAUCAACUAUUCGGAUAGCGACGAGGCAGACGAUUGUCCAGUUUUUGAGUAUUCGGCAGAAUCGAUGCAAGUUGUAAAAGAGGGUAAAGAAUCACCAGACAGCACACCAAACAAUGUUGAGAAAUCUGUCGAAGACAAUAUGGAAAACGAUGAAGAUUUAGUGCAACUCGAUGACGAUGAACACUUUGGAAAUGAAACAGGAAUUAGCGAAGAGCAUGUUAAUCAAACACGAACACAACCGGAAGCCGAACAAUCUAUAGAAUCGCCCGUUACCAGUCCAGAAACGACGACAAAUACUGGAACCGAAUCGCCCGAAACCGAACAAUUGAACAAUGAAUGCGAAAGCAGCAAAGCAACUGCAAGCAAAUCAAAAGCGACAGAUGACAUUAGUGACUCGGAGGACCAAGUCGCUGGUAAUUCAGAGGCUCAACGGAAAGCUGACGCUCAAGAAGGCAGCAAUGACAAAAAUGAGAAUUCAAACGUUGGUAUUGAGGGCAUGGACACCGAAAUGAUUUCUGAGGAUGAGCAUGAGAUGCACGAUGAACAAGUUGCAAAAGAAAACAAAGCUGAUAAAGAAAAUAACAAUCAGAAAUCGGAUCGGGAUGAUUCAUUCAAAAAAGUUAGCAAAAGUAGUAAAGACCGAAACUAUCGUGACAAAAAGGAUAAGAAGGUGAACAAAAGUAGAAGUAGACGCUCAAUAUCACCACGUAGCUCCGUUUCAAGAUCUAGGACAAGGACAAGAACAAGGACAAGGACAAGGACAAGGACAAGGACAAGGUCUAGGUCUAGGUCUAGGUCAAGGUCAAGGUCAAUGUCAAGGUCCAGAACCCGGAAUCGGCGCGAUGCUAAACGACCUCGCCGCAAAGACUACAGAGGAAAACGCCAAGAGAUCCAACGCUACGAUGUACGCCAUUUGAUCGCAGAUAGACGACCAAGGUCCAUCAAAGAUAAAUAUGGUCGUGACACAUCACGCCCUCCACGUAGUAUCACACCCAAGAGGGGAAGAUCUCGUUCAUUGUCACGUUCCAUUUCACCAGGCUUCCGUUCGUCGAGGAGACGCUCAUUAUCUAGACAUCGCUCCUUCUCAAGAAGACGUCGUAGCAACAGUUUACGGCGCAGACAUUCAAUCUCACGGAAUAAUCGGCGCCGAAAGUCUGUCUCUCGUUCUCGUUCGCCCGUGUAUUAUACUCCUAGUCGGAGCCGUUCGUUUUCACGUGGCCGCAUAAUCAACGGUCGAUCGAAAUCAAAAUCAAAAUCACGGUCUUAUACACCUCCUCGACCAGUCCAUAGCGGCAUGUACAUGCAUACUGCUUACUCGAGAAGUCGAAGCAGAGACAAGAAAUCGAAGAAGAAAGUAAACGACAAAAAGAAUGUAAAGUAUCGUUCGAAGAAGAAAGCGUCUGGUUCGAAAAAAGUAUCUCCAUUCCAUUCACCAGUUCGCAGAGAAUAUACACCAGUUGAACGUCGCCGUGUGUCACGGUCAAAAUCGUGGAAUGAUAGAGCUUCAUGGAACCGUAGCAUAAGUGAUGUACCAAAUGAAGAAGAAACAUCAUGGACGCCACCAAUUGCUCACGCACCAGAAAAUAUAACGGUCAUUCUUAAGAAUAAAGACAGCAAACGCAAGCGUGACAAGAGACGAAAGUCGGAUAAACGAAAGACGGAAUCUUUGCAAAAGAAAGAAAAACGAAAGCGAACCGACAAACAAAACUCACCCACUCUCCCUUCAAAAGAAGUGUUUGCUUCGGGUGACAACAUUUUGGUGAGCGUCAGUUUUAAUAAAGACAAACCACAGCAACAGCAACAGACGACCAUAGUUACAUUGCCGCCAACAAAAGAGCACAUAUUGAACAAGAAACCGACCGAACGUGAUGUUAAUUCGAAGCGCUCGCGUCGCAAUGGCAGAGAUGUGCCACGAAAGCAUCGAAAAGUUGAUAUCAAACCCGUUGCUAUCAUCGACUUGGAUAAUUCACCAUUCAAAGAGGUUACACCCUCACCCAGAGCCGUAAUUAUUCUGAGCGAUAGUGAUAACGAAAGUGAUAAAUUGAACAAGAAUCAAUCGCUCAACUAUUCAUUGAACUCAAAUGCUACGGAAAGUAUUUCAAAUGAUAAACAUCAUUCGUCCAUCGAUACUAGAGAAACAAAUAUUCGAGUUUCAUCGCCACCACAAUCACCCACAGCUGAAUCUGCCUCAUUCGAACUACCAUUAGGUCCGAAAACACCGCCGGAACCAUCGCAUCUCGUUAAGUUUUCAAUUUCAACCAGUACAAAAACGAAAAUCGUUCGCACCGUUGUCAAUCCAUUACACGAUGACAAUGACGACGAUAACGAUGACGACGACGACGACGACGAAGAAGAGGACGACAGUGGAGAGAACAAGGAAUCGAAUAUUGAGAAUGUGAUUGCAACAGCAGAUAAAGUUCAAAUCUCAAGUGCACAAAAUCAGCAAAAGAUUGGUCCAAACACACCGCCAGGCCCGUGUUCACCAGACGUUUACGAUCCAUUCGAACCAACAAAAUCCCCUUCACAAUCUCCAGGUGAUUCGAUACAUGAUACCGUUGAUGAAGCGCCAACAUCAGUAGCCGAUGAUGGCAAAUCCACGAAACCAGUCGAUUUAUCAAUGGCUCUUAUCAAUUCAAAAGCCUCAAUUGAUGCAGCUAAUUCACUGCUGUCAAGCACACUUGGCGGUGAAGAUAUGGAUAUAACAGAUAAUCCAAAUGAUGAAUCGAACGUGUCUCCAUACAAAGACAAAGCGAUUGACGAUGGUUUCCGUGAGAAUGCCGCACCAAAAUCAUCGGGAAUUCAUGUCUUUAGUAACGUUUUAUUGACACCAGCAAAGGAAAGCUCACGAAUGCAAACACAACCGUCACAAUCACGUUCUUCAACGUUAACUAUAACGAAUUUGUCGACUAAUGUAAGUUCGAUUUCGGUAUCGAAACAAUCGCCCAUGAAAUAUAGUUCCGGCAGUAUUAUUUCAAAGCUGCCACUGCCAAAAAUUUCAAAGCCACAACGUCAUAAUGGCAAUGAUGACAAUAUGGAUAUUGAGUCACCAUAUUCGCCUGGUUCAAGUGACUAUGAAGAUUGGUUCGAACCACCGCAAAACUCCCCACCAACGAAUACACAUUCAAGCAGCAAGCAUAGCUCACGGCAGCCACCCAAAGCUUCUGCGACUUCAACGUCCACCAAUAAAAUUGAAAUAUUCGAUGACCUGUUCGGCAGCACAUCACCCAUCAACAAGGGCAGAACGGCUGCAAAACGAAGACCAAGCAAACAUAGUUCGUCAAUCAAAGAUUGGAUUGCAGUGAGUAAACAUUCGACGCAAUUAGGCGGAUAUGCGAAACUCAACGAGGAACAAUUGCGCAUUCUUGACGAUGUACCUUCUUCAGCAGUCGAACUACAAGCCAAAGAUAAGUUCUUAAGAAAAUUGAACCGUCAAGAGCGUGUUAUCGAAGAGGUAAAACUUGUGUUGAAGCCGCAUUACAACAAGAAGCACGUCACUAAGGAAGAAUAUAAAGAUAUUAUGAGACGAGCAGUUCCCAAAAUCUGUCAUAAUCGUACGGGCGAAAUAAAUCCCAAGAAAAUCAAGAAAUUGAUCGAAGCGUACGUCGGCAAGUUUCGGCAAAAGAGAAAAUUGACACAGUCCACGAAUGUGGGCAUCAAGUGAACAACUCUCAUGUGAAACCGUAAUUGUGCGAUCUUUUCGAAAGGGAUUACAUAGAGAAUAGUUAGUUUUAUUGCUAUAAUUGCUUGAUAAUUUGGUUUUAAUUGUCAAUAUAAGUUCAUACCUCAUCUAUAUCAAUGUGAGUUAAUCCAGGCCUUUCUAAAGUCCAUUCGAAUACAAUGUUGUAUUCAAUCGUGUUUUGAAUUUUGCAAUAGUCCAUCUCCUUUUUAUCGAAAUUGUGGUAUGUCGAACAAAUUAAGUUUUUGUAGAUUAUUAUUUAGCAGAAAAAGAAGUGAGAGAAAUAAAGAGAAAAUGCAAAAGAAAACUCAUCAGGAAGUCGAAUGAUUCAUGCUACACAUGAAUCAUUGCAAAUCGAGAGAGAAAAAAACAGUUUUAUCGAUUCUACUUUUCUAAACUGAACGUUUUGAGAUAGUAAGCUUAUAUCCAAGCUGAUGAAUAAUAAUUAAUUUAUCUAAAAUAAAAUAUUGAUAUGUAUUUUGUUGAAAUCAUUCAGAAGCAAAUUUACAUUCAUUGAAAGUACAUGUUAAUUUCAAACAAAAACCUAUUUAACGGCAUCUGAAGCAACAGAAAACAUCAUGUAAGUUUAGGAUUCUAGAACAAAUUUUAAAAUAAAACCUUUAAACCAACUA